AUGCUUCCACCCUAUAACCAACCUCCUAUCACGAUACACACUCCCGCGUCUUGCACGGCCAACAUUCCACCGCUCAACCUCAGUCUCGUCGCAGACAGGGACACCGACUCUGUUGCCCUCUCCCAGGUGUUUCAAUGUAGGGCCAACCAUGCGCCGUGGCUGGCGGGCCCGGGGUCGCCGGGUCUCAGUGACUACCCGCACCGCUAA